AUGGACCCGAGCCUCUUCACCGCCGUCCUGGGCCUGCUGCUGGGCCUCGCCGCCGCACACGGCAGCCCCCCGGAGCGGUCUCACGAUGAAGGAGUCAAGACCAAGGAACUCGGCCGCUCAGACAUUACUUCAAAAAUUCUGGAGGCAAAUAAAGGCAUGGAUCACAUGCUGGUGGAGGGCGACGUGCUUCUUCCUAAGAAGAGGAACGCCAUGAAGUGCUGGAGGAACUACUGCAAAUGGCCAAAGUCUGCCAACGGGCUGGUUGAAGUGCCGUACACCAUCAGCGACUACUUCUACGACUACGAAAAGGCCCAGAUAGAGAGAGCCAUGAGGAGCUUCCACACGAGAACCUGCGUUCGCUUCGUUCCUCGCAGCGGCCAGUCGGACUACCUCAGCAUCGAGAGCAAACUUGGGUGCUACUCCACGCUGGGGCGGGCCGGGGGCCGGCAGGAGCUGUCGCUGUCGGUGUCCGGCUGCGUGCACCACGGCAUCGUUCAGCACGAGCUGCUCCACGCGCUCGGCUUCCACCACGAGCACACCAGGAGCGACAGGGACCGCUACGUCACCAUCCACUGGGAAAACAUCUCGUCAGCGACGGCGUACAACUUCCACAAGGCCAACACCAACAACCUGAACACUCCGUACGACUACUCCUCCAUCAUGCAUUACGGAAGAACUGCCUUUGCAUCCGAGUACGGGGCCGAGACGAUCACCCCCAUCCCAGACGGGUCGGUGCAGAUCGGACAGAGGGACGACAUGUCCGACAUCGACGUGCUGCGGGUCAACAGGCUGUACGGCUGCCGUGUGUGAAGGAAAAUGAAGCGACGUGAAGAAGACACCUGCUCAUUUUCCUCAAGACGUCCCUCAUGAGCAAAACCUCAGAUUGUUGAAUUC